UGUAGUGUUUCAAAAGAGAAGAAGUGCAAGCAAAUAUGCAACAGAGAAAGCCUAUUGGCUACCUUCUAUUCUGAAGUAUUUCUGGCCUAUCUUGGAAAUGGAAAAUCACAACAAAGAAAACAGAAGGAUGCUCAUGUCAUCAAGAGUUUUGAAGCCAAGCCCUAAUGAAGAGGAAGCCAUUUUAAAGGGAGUAACAGCUGAAAGAAAAAAGCUAAGGCUGCUUCAGGUUCGCAAGCAGCAGAAGAAGCUGUCAGGAAAAGUGCUUAAUGCAGUAAAAAGCAAACAAGCAAAGGAGAUCAAUUCUCUCAAAAUGCAGUUGCAGGAUGAGUGGGAAAGAAAGGUUUUCUCUGAGCUUCAAGACCUUGAAAGGGAAUAUGAGAAUAGGUUGAAGACAUUGGGAGAAGGACACAAAUCUGUUUCACAGGUUCCAGUUAAGGAUAUGUCAAAAUCUGAGGAACUCAUGAAUCAAAGGGCAAAAGAAAGACACCAAGAAGCAUUAAGAAAACUUGCUGAGCAAAGAGCGUCUUUAAGAAUGAUGGAAGAUGAAAAGUCGAAGUUAAGACUUAGAGUGGCUGCAGAGGAGCAAGCACGCGCAGCCACGGUAGCCUCAAAACCACCUCCUGCUCCGGACUUUAUUUUGAAGCCGGAAAGCAAGAGUCGUGGCUCAACGCUCUCAAGCAAAUCCAAAAGUAUUGAAAGUUUCAGCAGUACAAGGUUUCAUAUGCCCGUUGUUUAUGCUGAGAAAGCAGACCAGACAACAAAGCAGGUGGAUGCAAGAGAGGCUGCCAAGAAACACGAAGAAAGGGUUUUGCAAGAAAGAGAACUUCUUGAUAAAGAUCUAAACGAAAGAAAAGAGAAAGCGAACCUUAGACACCAGCAUGCAAGGCAGCAAGUUCUUUUGGACCAAUCGAAAGAUCGAUUAAUGAUGCAACUUGAAGACUUGGAAUUCAAAGACAGAGUGAGACGACAGCAAGUUCUUGGAAAUAUACCGAAGCAAGUGUUUCAGCCUCCAUAUCAGAGACUUGAAGAUGCCAGAUCGAGGCAGGUGAUGCUCGAAGAAGUGUUUGAAAAUGCACAUAUGCCGAAGCAAGAUACACGGAAAGAGGAACUUCGUUUGGAUCUUGACAGUCACUUGGAUGUAACAGAGACCGAUUUGUCUCAACCGAAUGAUAAUGCAGAUGAGGAUGAAAUGGUCGAGUCGAAAGAAAGCGCCGAUCCUUCUUCUGAAUCGCAAGCUCGACUACCUGACGAAACAGAAUUUGAUAAAUCUGAAAACGCAAGCUCUAGAGAACCACCACAACAGACAAAAGCUGAAUCUUCAAACAAAGUUCCAAAAGAUCCUUCGAGUCGAAUGCAAAAGUUAAUGAGCAGAAUUCGUAAGCAACAAGAAGAAUGGACGAAACAGAAAGCCAAUCGUGAAUCUCAAGUUUCAAGCAACUUGGAUUCGCAAGAUGAGAACGGCCAGUCUGAAGAUGAUAGCGAGACAACAGGGAGUCUUGUUUCUGCAGACAUUGAGAGUGCCCGAUUUGCAAGUAGCAAUGGUGAGAGUGCCCAAGAUGAAAAAGACGGACAAGAGACAGCCCAACCAAAAGAAGAUUCCAAAAAGGAAGAUAGUUCACCGAGCAAACCAGAAAAUGAUUCUCUUUUGCAUCCAUUUGAGAAGGCAAAGCUGGUUAGAUCAGCCAAUAGCAAGGAAGGCAGUGUAAAGCAAUUUACAGACCCAGAGGUUUUAUCUGAUGUCACAAAGCGUAAAAAGACACUUGAGAACCAAAAGUACUUGCUGAAAAUUCAAAAGCAAAGGCUCGAAAAUGAGUUGCUUAGACAGAAUCUUCAACAAACUGGAAAAGAGCUGGAUGACUUGAUCAAACAAGAUGAUGAAUCUAGUGGCACAUUUGAGGUAGUGGUUGAUGUAAGCGCUGAUUCUACUUCAAGCUCUUCCCAAGGCAUUGAGGAAAUUUCCCCUGACAAUGAGCGUAAUUCCGCAAAAAAUUCUACUCAAAAGACUCUCCUUACUUCUAAAGAUUUCUCCUUUUUGAAUGGCCUAUCAGCUUCACAGCAAAAAGAGCUAUCAAAACGCUAUCCGAACAUUUUUAGCGGGUUCCUUACCGGUGACGCAACUAUUGAUGAUAGUCGAGAUGGUGAUGCAACUCGAGUACCAGUCCAAUCUUCUGGAGAUUCAACAAAUGUCCAGCGACCAACCACUUCAAUUACCGAUCCGCCUGGUGAGAAAGACAACAUGCGACUUUCGAAAUCAAGAGUUGAUCACGAAAGAAUAAGAAAAUAUCAGGAACAGUUGCUUCAAAAGCAAAGGUGGCUUAAAAGUCGACAGGAGGUAAUGCAGAAACGUUUUCCAAGUCAUGGCAAAGUCUUAGGCCAGUUAGAACAGGAGAGACCUGCUGGCCAGGAGGAUACUGGUAAGCAAGGCGGUGACGUUGCUUUUGAAGCUAGCAAAGCUAAGGGUGUUGCUGAAACUACAGAAUGGCCUAAGAUUUCAACAAUGUCCGGGUCUACCGUGCAGACUUCAACAAAGAACAGUCUUACUGAAGAAGCACGGUAUUAUCCGCUGAAGGAAUCAAACACGGUUGAAGAAGAAGGGGUAAGAGCUGAGAUACAGCAGCGACAAAUCGAGGCAGACAUCUAUAAAACUGAUACCGAGGCAGCAGUACGCGAACUUGCGACAUUGCUCUCUCAAACGUCAUCUUUGAAUAAAAGACAGUCGGUUUAUGAGCAGCUUCAGGCAUUAAGAUCAAAGGACGAUAAGGAACAAAAAUCUCAUAGGCAAACAAACAGCUUCGUAGAGCUUAUUCCACAGACAGCCCGAUCUGGGGAACAGAACGGUAUAGAAGAAAUCUAUAUGGGUAGAAACAUGUCUAGCAGAUCAAUUGAUUUACCUGUCCCUAGGGCAUCAGUGACCUUACCCGAAUCCAGGGCCUUCGCCGAAUCAAGGCAUCAGAUUGAAGAUGCACCUAAACAAAGUAAUAUUAAUGACUUGUUGAAUAGUAUGGACUUCCUAACCGUUGACGAACCAUUAGAGGUAUUGGGUUCACAUGUUUCAAAGACUCUUGACAACACAGUUAAAAAGAACCAACGCAUUGUAUCUGGUAAACCCACUUUCUCUCCGAUACAAGAAGUGGAAGAAACAAGUUUAAGAGAGAAGAGCAUGGAGAAUAAAGUUGUUCAAGGUACAGCAAGCGUUUCUUCCUUGACGGAGCAAGAACUUCCGAUGUCUAUGAAGUCUUCAUCUGGACACAGCCAUUCGUCUCUGCGAAGUAGCGGGGCUUCUGGUGGUAAAUCGGAUGCCUCAUCAGCGCUCAGUUUCCAUGAACUAAUAUCAAAUUUCUCAGAAACCGAGUUUCUUACACUUCCAACUGCCCUCAGAGCUGUCAACACCAGACCAAUUGAGGAAGCAGCACUUGCAAGUCAUAACCGGCCCAGAUCCUCUACUCGCGAAUUGCAAUCCAGCUUUGAUAACUGGACGCCAUUAGUCGCUGACUAUUCCGAAGUUGGUAAAGAUGAUAGGAGAAUCGAAGAGAGCAAAGAUACUAGAGAUAAUAUAGACUUUGUCAAUGGAAAAACUACAUCGAAUUUACAAGAUUUGUUUGCAUUUGAUAGAGAGAAGUUUCGUCGGAUCAUACAGGAAAAGUUACCGGCUGAUUUUCUAAGCAACAGCGAAAAACAGAGUGCUGAAACAAGAUAUUACCAGCCAUCCAAUGGUGGAAUAGAUAUCUUCAGCCCAGUUAAAUUGCAAGGCAUAAUCGAACGAAUUUCUGCUUCAAACGUUCAUGCUCUACCCCCCUCCGACUCUCGCCCGGCUGAACACCAGGAUAAAAAAGUAUCGAACUCAAAUUAUGAGUCUUCAAUGCGAGAAACAAGUCCGGUAUUAACGGAAAAUUCGCCGUCCUCGUCAGUUACAUCCAAAGUAAGCUCGACCAACAUAACCAGAUACGAAGAGAUCUUAGCAAAGGUCCGCAUGUUGCCACACCAGCAUCAGGAAGAAUAUAAUAGAUUAGCAGAAUCGUACCGGUCUUGGCGAAAAGAAGCCGUAGAGCCGCUUCUGCAUCCGGAUGUACCAGAUCCUUUUGCCGGAUAUGAAUUGUUUUCGGGCAGAGACAAAAGUGAGCCGGCCCUUCAAGAAGCGAACAAAGUUAAAAUAGAACAUACUGGAGGCAAACCCCAGUCAGAAAACUUAUUAGGAACUAUUCCAAAAACAAAAGAUACUUCACCUGAGAGGCUACAGAACCAUCUGUCUCUUGUGGCAAGGCUCGGUGAAUCCAGGAUCAGCGUUUAUGAACCGGUAAGAGGUAUCGAACUGCCAGAAGCAGCGAUAAAAGAGAAAGCGACAGUUGAAGAGGAUACAAAUGAACCACAGACCUGGAAAAUUAGCGAUUUUAUGGGGACCGGGUCGUUACCGGAUGCUUGGGGUUAUAACAAAACAACGUUUUAUGGUGAAAAGGAAGCAUCUCUGGUGUCAUCUGAAGGGGAAAACUCCCCGGAUUAUAGUAACGAAAAUUAUAUCGAGAUUCCAGGAGCGUUUAUGGCUGAUCACCUGAUGGAGCAAAAAUUGUUUGAGAGUACCGAGUUUGAGAACAGCCCUACAUUAUCAAGGACCGGAGCUCUUGCUAGUGAUAAAGAAGAGGUAGUUGAAACCAGUAGAAUGGAGAUUGAGAAUAAGGAAUUGAGCAUGAAUGGUGGGGAUUCUUUUAUCGAGAAUACUAUGCUUGAAUCACAAGAUCGUGGGGAUCGGAUUGAUAGAGUUCCCGGUGUCCAAACGUCUCCUGCAGACCCCAUUGAUAUUGAGGCGCUUCAAAAACAGUAUCUUGAUAAUUAUCUUUCAACUCUAAUGGAAAGUUCCGCCACUAAAAGCUCUCUUACAAAUUCUUCAAGUCAGAAGACCAGAAGUCAAUUUUCGUCUGAAUUUCGGUCGGACGAGACUGUCUCAGAGUUGGUUCGCCUAUGGCCGUCGUCCUCGAAAACCAUGAUCGAAGGAGCCGAGGCCUCGCAAGCUUCCACUGCUAUUAGUGGACCUGACCAAACACAUGCGUCUUCUGUUGCGAUUGGAAGCAGAUCUGGAGUUAACGUUUCUGAUUCUUUGGGUGAAGUUUCAAGCGGGUUUAAGAAUCCAAAUCACUACGACAUUACUGUUCACCGUUCGCGACAAACGAAGAGUGAAAAAACGACGAUUUCAGGCAACAGUAGCAAAUCAACUUCGUUCAAGGAUGAAACGGACAGUAACUUUAGCAUGCCAUCCUUUCCACGAUUUGCGUCAACUCGACUGGAAAAGGGUGGAAGGCCCACGUCACCGUCCCUGAGUGAAACGUCACUCGAGCCUACCGGCGAUAACGGUUUAGAUGGGUCUGUGCUAAGUAAUUUUGAUUACGAUGCUGACGUAGGACAUUCAGAGACAAGUUGGCUGCUUUCUUCAGACAACGUAAAAGGUGAUGCAUCACAUGUGAGUGAUAUCCGGCUCGGUGGACCAGCUUUUACACAAGAUGGUUUAAUAGACGACUCAAAUAAAAGCUUGUGGUCUGGUUCUUCCGUUGAAAAGCCGGAUCAUUCAAGUGAACCGGAAGAUUCUACUAAGCUGGACCGUUCUUAUGAAAAUUCGAGUGAUGAUGUCAUUAGCACUUGGGACGAUCUUCUUGCAAAGGAAGCGCCUUUGUCUUCUGCGAAGGAGUCGGAUUCUGACCUGCCAGAUACUGUAAGACUAAAACGAGAUGCGUUCAUGAAGAGAUCUCGAGAGAGAUUGCAUAAGAUAAAGGAAAACGCAGCGAGUCAUGAAAAGAAGGCAGAUAAAUUUCGGAUCGAUGGAAAAGUAGAAAAAGCAUUUAAGGCAGAAAACAGAGAGAAUAAAGAACCAGCUAGGCACCAGAAAACUCCCAGGAUACCACCAGGUGUUACAGGUGUUCGGAACAAAGAACGUGCCCAAGGUAGAGAAAAUACCCAAGACAGAAGUCGUGCCCAGAUAUCUGCCAAACAACCAGAGCGCAGGAAGAAGCCAACCAAGCAAGAAGCAUUACAAGAAAAUCGACGCAAAAUGAAGCAGUUCGAGAAGAAAAUACAAUCAAGUUUGAGAAGCCGAAGAAAGUGAGGCUGGGUGAUGAAAUUUUUGUACAUAAAAAUUAUAUCGCGAUUGAUUUCAUUGUGGUUGUCUUUCAUGGUUAGUUUUCUCGGGUUAUAAAUUGUUGUCAGUUCUUGAACAAAGCAACGCCAAGAGGGACAAUCUUUCUUUAAGACUAAAUUGGAUUAGACGAGUUUUUAUCUGUUGCAUUUUUCUCAGCAUUUUGAAAAAUCGUCUGACUACUUGCAGAUAGCUUUUGAAUUAUUUCUGAUCUUCAUGAGUAACGUGUCUCUCAAAGCUGGGAAAAGCCGAUUUAAAUCGCUUCCCUUAAACCUAAUUUCUGCAAUACAUUCAGUAUUUCUCUUUUUACAAAAUGGAUUAAGUUGUUACCAAGACUGAAACAUAGCAACAAUUUAUCAUAUUCAGCAAAUAUUUAAGCAAAAAUUAUUGUUAUACCCACUCUAUAGGAUUGGGUUUUUAUACUAAGACAGGCGAUUUUGUUUAUUGACAAAAGUUUUAUAAAAAAUUGUCAACAUUGUCAAUAGAGAAAUUCACUGUUCAUUUCCGAGGAUUUGAAGCUCAAAUAAGUUGUUUUUUACUCAAAAAAGUGUUAGUCAAAAACUAUCAUUUCUCAAAGUAUACCGGCCUAGGUUUUCAGCAAAAUUAGGCGACCUUGUUUUCUGACUAAAACGUAAGUAAAAAUCUUCAACAUUGUCAAUGCAACUGUCCACUUCCGAAGAUUUAAGAGGUUAACUAGAUAGUAUUUGGUUUUUGUCAAAAACCCUCCGUUUUUUCAAGUGUUGGGCUUGGAAUUUUGAGUAAAAAUUGCUUUUUGCCAAAAGAUUACGUAAAGGUUUAGACAUGGUUGAUACAUAUAUUAGAUUUCCAUUUGUGAGUGUUUUGAGCGAAAGAAGGUGGUUUUGUUCAUGAAAAUAUCUAGUCAAAAAUCAUAUUUGCCUAAAUGCUUGUGUUCCAAGCAAAAAAUGGGGAACUCUUUUCUUGUUUAAAAUAUUGCUGAAUAUGUGAUAUGUGGUCAAUGCAAUAAAUAAUUUGCCAUUUCCCAAGCUUGAGAACGUG